AUGUCUACAGCCACCUUUUGCAAUUGUUUUUCUCCAGAUCUGUCGUCAUAUCCUCCUCCUCCCUUCGCCAGCACUUCUUUCAAGGUCAGAUCUGUGAGUCUCUCUGGAAAAGCCGACUACUCUGGAGUUCUUUGUGUCGUCUCAUGCCUCUCUCCGGCUUCUCCUCCUCGUCACUCUAGUUCUGCCGUUCUAGUACACCGCUGCAUUUCACCGAACCGGUUCGCCGGAACACUAACCGAUGUAACCACCGGAUCUAUUGUGCAAGAGUGUUGGUCCGCUAGAUUUACUCAUGACUAUCUCACUGCUUUGUGUCUAUCACAUUAUGCUGUCUCAAGCAUCAACGGUUCUUCAAAAGACCGGUUUUGUGGCUUUCUCGGUCUCUUCGUCGCUGACCUUACUGUGCAAGAGGGUGAACUCGCCAGAUUUACAAGCUACAUCAUCAUUGCGAGUCCAUCACAAUAUGAUGUCUCAAGCAUCAAUGGUCUUUCACAGUGUCAACUAUGCCACCUUCAAACCGGAGUGGUGUCCAACCAACCCGAAUCUUUUUACCUCUUAUCCGAUGUUUGCUCUGACACAUUCUGUUUGAACGAGUAUGAUGACAAUAUGCUUAGGUUUUUGGUCACAAAUUACUCGACUCGAUACGGUAAUAUUGAGUUUCGAGGUUUGAACCUAUUUCAACCAUCAGCUAUGUCAUCAAACUUUAUCUUAAGCGUCUCUUUGGAGACAAAGUUAGAGCUCGAGAUUCACCUAGUCUCUUUGGUAAGCCUUGUUGGGUUUAAAGCUGUUUAUGUUAGUUUCAGCGUUAUAUCAAGUCAGAUAGGACUUCGUUCUCUCAAUGUUGCCUAUGGUUCUAGAGCUUCUCAUCUAAGGUUCUCGACAGUCAACAUUUCCACGGCUUCUUAUAGGUGUUUCAACGUCGUUUUUGACUAUCAAUUGUUUUUCCGAACAAUCGCCAUGGGAACAAAAGUGAAGUUUCCUUUUGGGUUUCUUCAUUUCGCUGAACAUGUCUUGCCCAUGUCUCGCCCCGAGAUGAUUUUAUCUAUACUUAUUUUGUAA